UUCGCGAGAGCUCCCUGAAGCCUCCGUCUAUUCUAUCGAGAGAUACCUCUUGAUACCACCCAGCUCGCCCUCCCGAUUUCGAAUUCGCUCCUGGCGCGAUCUCACUACGCCAAACCUUCCGCUCCGCAGGCACCUCUAUCUCGUAUCGCGCACCGUUGCCUGCCAUCCCCGCACAUCCGCCAAUUUAUACGAAUAACGAAAGGCAUGAUAUAGAAGAGCUGGGAAGAAGACGCCAAAAGAUCGCAGGUCCGCCAAUACAAGUCCGCGUGAAGCGAUGCUUUGCCGAGUACGAGCCCCAUGAGCUCAGAUUCGGGAGAGAGCCACUCCAGUGCUCACGAUGACUAUGGAGACGAGAUAGACAUUGGGGGAGGCGCUGAGCAUGCUUCACCCGAGGAAGCACAUGCGACUGAAGCGAGUGCGGCCGGCGACUAUUUUGCAGAUGGGGUAGAAGGGGAGGAACUGGAGUCGGUGGGUAGCGGCGCCAAUGGCUUGACUUUUGCCAUAACGAGGAGUAGCUUCUCCCGGCAGGACGAAGAGGAAACAGCGUCACAGUUGUCAAUAAGACCCAAGCUUGAGAGACCUGGAAGCCCUGAGUCGACAUCCACACCAGAUGAUACCCCGUCGAUACAGGGCUCUGGCUUGUCCUCACCGGGCAGCAGUGUACCCGUCUCUCAUAACUCCCUGCGACAACAUCGACCGGCCUCCCUUCAACCAUUUGAACGCCGGUUCUCCUCGCGCCUAUCGCCCUCUCCACUAGCAUCUCCUCGCGGAGCAUCACCCGCCUUCCUUUCCCCACACUCACGGCAAUCUUCCUUGUCGAGCAAUCUGCUCUUUCGGCAGCUAUCAGACGGAGAUGGAGAUAGUGCAGAUACCCCACAGGCGCCAUGGGAGGUCGUGCGGUGGACCAAGUUGAAGAAAAUCACCGGGCAGGUCUUCUCCGAAGUGGGCAAGCGCAACUUUGGAAGGCCGACAUGCCUUAAUGUUACCGUCUCGCUUGCAAUAGGAACUUCAAAGGGCUUCAUUCUCGUAUUUGAUUACCAGCAGGUGCUCAAGUCCAUCAUCGGCCCUGGCACAAAAGCUGUUGAGUGCGGGGCGAUAACCGCGCUUGCAAUCUCUGCCGACCAUUCGACUAUCGCGGGUGGGCACGCUACAGGUCACAUCUUCACAUGGGAGUUGGCUAAACCGGCCAAACCAUUCCUCCAUAUACCUCCACUGGAACGAGCGACUUUGGACAACAGGAAAUCCGAUGGCCAUGUAUCCGGUGUCGGAAUCCUCCAUUUGGGCUUUCUGGGCACGCGCCAUACGGCUCUCGUCUCUGCGGACGAUGGUGGCAUGGCCUUUUCGCAUCUCGCUACGCGUGGGCUGGGAGCUAUCGCGAGGUCGGUGAAGACCACUCGAAUUCUUGGAAGAUACCCGCCGUCAGAAAAAUCUCUUGAGAAGCCGCGGAAACCUAGUUCUGUGCUGGCGUUCUCCCCACUCCCUCUAGGGAACGUAGAGCAGCCGACGGAUGGCAUGGGUCUGACGGCUCUGUUGACCCCAUAUCUGCUUGUCAUCGUUUCAACGACACCCGUGGCACAAACACAACACAAAGCGCCUCGGCCAAAGGACGUCACUCCUCACAGUGCACUGAGUGGAUGUUUAGCAUGGUUCCCAGCUGUGAAGCUGAAGAACCCUUCGAAUGACCCGAGCAAGGCAAUCUCGAAGACCAAGCUCGUAUACUGCUGGUCCAAUGUGCUGACCAUCCUUGACGUGGACAGCGUUGUUGCUCCGCCCACAGAGAAGGAGAAGCCCACAGAGCUCCGGUUUCGACCGCGAAGUCGAUGGAAAGCAGACGAGGCUAUAGUUGCUGUGCAAUGGCUCAGUAGGUCAGUGCUCGGAGUGCUGACAAUCAGCCAGCGCUUGGUCAUUCUCGAGGACAAUACGCUGCGAAUGACAGACUCGUUCGAUCUGCUGCAGAAACACAUAUACCAUUCAGACCUGUUUUCACGGCAGCUGAGGCCAGUAAUAGAGCACCUAGACGAACAAGACACGUCGAUGCAUGGUGUCGUAGCAGACGCGUUCUACAUGAGUUUCCGAGCCUACAAGGGUCGGCUGUUUCUGUUAGGCUUCAACGACGUUGCAAUCGGUACCUUGUCUAAUUGGGCGGACCGAUUGAUGGCGCUCAUGGAAGAUGGCGACUUUAUAGCUGCCAUUGGCCUGGCGACAUCCUACUAUGUCGGUGAGGCAGACAAAUUGACAGUCGGCCUACCCGAGGAUGACAAGGCACGACAUGCCCUUGUUCAACAAAAGCUUCUCGAAAUGAUCGCCGCGUCUUUGAAGUACACCUUCUCACGAGAAGACGGCCAUGACGAAGAAGCAAGACAAGAGCGCUUCAAAGAGCUUGCCGAGGUAGUCUUCACAGGACUGCUCAGUAUGAAGGAACUCGACUUUCUAUUCGAAGAAGUGUACGAUGCUUUCGAAGAAGGUUCGGCUGAGAAGUCCUUCUUCGAGACUCUUGAGCCCUACAUACUGGACGACGAAAUCACCGCCGUACCACCAAGUGUCCUAAAGGACCUCAUCACUUUCUAUGCAUCAGCUAACCGCGCAAGCCAACUUGAGGAGAUGAUUUGCCGGCUUAGUACUGACACGAUGGACCUCAACCAAGUCACAACCCUCUGUCAGCAAUACGUCUUGUACGACGCACUGAUAUACAUUUGGACACGGGCGAUUGGUGAUUACAUUACGCCACUGACCAACAUUCUGGAACUCAUCAAACUCGUGGAUUUCGACGUAGAUGAGACCGAGAACAUCUACAUGACCUCAGCGAAGAAGAUUUUCCCCUACUUAGCAUACACGUUCACGGGACGCGUCUACCCUGGUGGCAUGCUCAUGGAAGAUGAGCAAGCUCAUAGUGCAAAGAAGGAUAUGUACCGAUUUCUAUUCUCGGGUAAAAUCUUGCAGUGGCCACCAGGGUCAGGUGAUGUAGUUCUCACACGAACGGACAAAACCCAAGAGCCACCUUUUCCGUACUUGCAGCUCGUACUCGAGUUCGAUGCAUCGAGUUUCAUGAGCAUGCUCAAUGAAGCCUUUGAAGAUAGCUUCCUGAACGGAGACCAAGAAGCGACCAACGGAAGCCAAACCAACGGCACACAGCACGGCUCCGCUCUUACGCCCACUCGUCAGUACAUCAUCAACAUCCUCUUCGGCAUCAUGACCGCCGAAAACUUCGACGUCGAGGACAUCCUCUACUUCUACAUGUUUAUUGCACGGAACCUGCCAAAGUACCCUCAGCACAUUAUGCUCCCUGGAACUACGCUACACCAAGUUCUUGUUGGUCUCUGCCGCUACCCCACGGAGGUUAUCAAAGAGGAUUGUCAGCUUUCCGUGGAGUACUUGCUCUCGAUGUACCACCCACCAAAUCCUCAGAGCUUAGUGCCACUGUUCGAAAAGGCCGGAUUUCACCGCGUGCUCAAGUCCGUCUAUCGUGGCGCUCAUCAGUAUGCUAGGCUACUCGAGACUUAUCUGGAUGACACAGAAGACGAAGAAGCCGUGUUCGACUGCAUUAGUGAUGUUCUGCGACCGAGCAAAGGACUCAUCAAGAAGCAAGUCAACGAAGUCAAAGCAGUCAUCGUCAACCGUGCGACAGAUCUGGCGGCUGUCGAUGCUUCGCAAACUGCAGUAACACUCAAACAAUAUGCACCCGACCUUCUGAAAUCGGUUCUGGAAGCCAUUGAAGACGACUCAGACGCCCAGUAUCGCUACCUAGAAGCACUUAUUGAGCCCGAGCAUGCGCAAAAUCAGGCUGGCGAGCCGACAUUGAUCGACGAAAACCUUCCAUCGGGCUUCAUUGAACGCUAUGUGCAGCUCAUGUGCACUUACAACAGCGCCCAUGUUGCAGACUUUGUCAGUAUGCUCAAGUCGGGCGACUUGAAAUUGGAUCCGGUGCUUCCAGCAUUGGAACAGAGUGGAGCUAUCGACGCAGCGGUCAUUCUUAUGGCUCGCGAUGGUUUAGUCAAGGAUGCUAUGGACCGUCUUGUGAAGCACUUGGGCACACUUGAGACUGCUUUGACGGGGCUGAUAGGUGCAGCCGCGCAAAGUCCCGAUGUCGCAAACACUGAGGAAGCGGUCCAGGAUCUUCUCGAAGAUAUCCAGAAAUAUGUCAAAGUCGGUAUAUGGCUGUGCCAAGGACAGACGCGAUCAAAAGACCGAAGGCCUGAGUCAGUUGACGACAGACGAAAGUCGGCGUACGGCGAAGUUCGCGAAGUUGACCUUGCGCUCGAUGAGCUCCUCUGGCUUGACCUCGUCGACACAUGUGUCCGGCUUAUCAGGGACACGUCUAGCGCCGUUGCCGAGCUCGAUGCAGCUGUCGCUUCACCAAACACAAGCCAGUCCGAUAUCAUCGACGGUGCUCGCAUAGUCUCUGCUCUCCGCUCUUCUGUCCAGCAGACGUUCUCCGCCCUUCUUGCGUCCACUACCAUCCCACCGGCAAAGAAGGCUACCAUGUCCAACAAGUCCCAAUCCAUCACGUCGCGUCCACCCCUCCGCCACACCCAAUCGCAAACCCAAAGCAACCCCUCGUUCCUCCGCAUCCUGCGCUGUUUCCUGACUCGGGCAACACAUAGCUACUCACCCUCCCUAUCACAUCUGCGCUCUGUUCUCGCAGAGGUUUUCGCGGCUUACACUUUCGAAGAGACCAUUCUCAGCCUGGCGAACCGAUUUCUCGAUAAGGAGAGCUUCGAGCACGUCAACGAGAUAACACAGCUGAGGAGACAUGGGUGGCGACCAAGAGGUCAGGUGUGUGAAGGGUGCAAGAAGAGAGCGUGGGGUCCGGGUGCAGGGUUGGGGAGUGGGAUCUGGGAGGCAUGGGAGCGGGGUGAAUCAGAGAGGAUUCGGAGGAGGGUUGAGGAUUCUAGUGGGACGGACGACGAGGUUGGCGGGAAAGGCAAAGGAAAGAGACCUAGUCGGGAUGAGAUCAGCGUUGAUCCUGAGGAAGAAGCGAGUGAUGGGGCAGGUGUCCUAGUGUUGUUUGCUUGUCGACACCUCUGGCACAAACAGUGCGUGGAAAAAGCGAGUGUCACGGAGGGCAGCGGGGGAGAAGAGGGCGCAAGAACGCAAGGAAGAUUAAGGUGUCCACUUUGUAGAUAGCUGUCUUCAUGUAUAUAUUGGUACGACUAAUACGGUUACUUUUGUUGAUAGGACUUUACCAAGAGAUGCCAAUUUUGGAGGCGUCACUUAAUUUCC